AUGGAUUUGAUGACAAGGCACCAUUUGAGUCAAAAGCUGGGAGCCAGCAACAGUAUAGGGAGUCUGCCAGAUAUUCGAUUUGUUCCUUCGACUAAUUCGACAUACCGAAGCGAUUACGGGAAACUGCAACGGGAGAAAACGUUUUCCGGAUUCACUGAGCGUAAUCUUUACCCAGUGCAAUCACGUUACUCGUCCACUAUUUCCCCUUGGCGACCUGGUACUUAUUUCUCCGCCAACCGUGUUCACACAUCACAUCUAGAAGGUCCUCUGGUCAAUUCAACUUUUGAGACGGGUAAAUUACACGAACUGGAAGGUUUGCGAGUGCCGGCAAUCUACUCUGCGGCACGAAAUGCUUUGUAUUGUCGAUAUACCCCAGCCGAUUGGAUGAGAACGCAUGAUGAGCGAUUGGCUCGUUCAGAUGAGGCGCGUCGACGUGCCGAACGCGCGCGACUUGUCUUUGAGAAUAGCCUGGAAAGUGUGGUACCAAUGUUUGUGUCCGGCAUGUUAGAACCCAUUCCGAAAAUCCGCGAUCGUUCAAGCUCAUGCCUGCCAAGCUGUGAAAGAAUCAGCGAUAUAUAUUUCAUGAAAACGCAACUGGUCGAGGAGACUGAUGCAUUGGUGAAUGAGAUGAAUCGGUUAAUGAGCAGCAAGCGUGUUCUGGAAAAAGCGUAUCAGGAAACAGAGAAUCCGUUGCACAUCACACAAGAAUGUCUUUAUCAUCGCGAGAAACGUCAGUCCACCGAUCUGGUUCAUGAUCAUCCAGAAAGGUCACUUCUGACGGAAAUCGAUGUGAUCAAAAGUUGUCAACGGGAUUUCAGUCGGCUAUUGGAAAAAGCCUCCGCUCAAUUAGGGUAA